GGGAUGGAAGGAGGGUUCGGGAGCAGCAGCCUGAGCGUGUUGCAGGCGAUGCGGAGGGAUGGCUGAGAUAUGAGAGGCGGACGCGCUCUCCAGUGAUGUCCCUGUAAGAAUGCCACCUCUUGCGGUUCUGAGGUUCAGCCUCCUGUGCUUGCUCGGUUCGAGCGUCGGCAGAGCGCUGCAUGGAGCAGCCUUACACGAGGUGUCUAUAAAAGUUCAAGUCUUUGAUAACGGCGACCUUUCACCCCUGACGGAGGCUGCGGUUGACGUUUACACAAAUCAGUCCUGGUUAGCCGCAGGAACCACUGAUAAAGAUGGAGUGGCUCUGAUCACAUUACAAUAUCGUCUGGGAACCUGGCUAAUCGUCACUGCAGCAAAGUCUGGCUUUGUGACAAAUUCUGCUCCAUGGCAUGCCAACAAAACACCACUGUUUACAUCAGUGAGCCUCUAUCUUCUUCCAGAACGGCCAGCCACCCUCAUGCUGUACGAUGAUGUGGUGCACAUCCUAUUGGGAUCACCGGGUGCCAAGAAUCAACCAUGGGUCCAGUUCCAGAGAAAGAACGUUGGGCUUCCAAGGAACACAUCCUAUAAUGAUUUGUCUGCUUUCCUAACAACAGCCAACACUGAAAUGGAAGUGGAAGGAUUCCCCUAUCUCUUGGGGUUUGAAGCCAGUGCAACAGUUAACCACUCCAGGCUUGAACUGAUCCCAGUGGCUGCAAUCAGCAUUCACCUGUUCACCAGAAAUGGUUCUGCCAUUCAAGUGUCAGGCCCCAUUCAAGUGUCAGUCCCUCUCCCAGCUGACAGCAUUGUGACAACGGCUAGAGACAUCCCAGCAUGGAAGUUUGACAGGAAGACUGGGGCCUGGCUCAGAAGUGGAACAGGGGUGAUUAAGAACGACGGGAGCCAGUUCACCUGGUCUUACGUCGCUCCACAGUUGGGAUACUGGGCUGCAGCCAUGUUUCCAUUAACCCAAGCUGCAGUCAAUCCCUCGAGGUUUGGAGAUAUCACAACCUACCACACCAUAUUUCUGCUCACCAUUCUUGGAGCUAUGGCCCUGUUGGUCCUGGUUCUAUUGUGCUUGCUGCUCUAUUACUGCAGGAGAAGAUGUCUAAAACCACGCCAACAGCACAGAAAAUUACAGAUCACUUCGACUUUAGACAGCUCCAAGAAGGACCAAGCCACCUCCAUGUCUCACAUUAAUUUGAUCAGCACCAGCCACUUGGAAUCAGUGUCCUCCAAUGGGGAUAUGGAUGUCCACACACCCAUCCUGAAAUCAGCCUUCAGUACAUCUCGAGAGUUUGAGAACUCCCGAGAAGAGUUCUUCAAGCAGAUUCCAUACAGGGACUCCAGCCAAAAGAUCAGGCACAUCAGCAAGGCAUCCACUGACACGUUGGCUCAUCGAGGAAAUUCCAAAGAUGACUACCACAGGACAGUGGAGAGCUUCCCAUUGAAAGUUGCAAGGUCCAUGGAUGCUUCUGGAGAGUUGGAACCACCUUUAAUGGACGACUACAGGCGAAGCUAUAGCUCAAUGGUUGCCCAACAACCGAUGGAUGAAAAAGGCAGAGAAGGUCAUGCGCGACGCAUUUUGGCAGAAAGCAAACUUUGUGCAAAUGAUCCACCCUCCCCUCCACCACUGCCACCACCUUUUGAAUCCCUCAUUGGCCACAAAAUGGAUAAUAAGCCCUCAGAAUACAUGAUGUCCCAGUCUGUGGAUCACCUGGCUAGGCCUACAACACUGUCCCAGCCAGGCCAACUCAUCUUCUGCGGUUCUAUCGAUCACAUGAAGGACAACAUGUACAGAAAUGUAAUGCCUACUUUAGUCAUACCUGCCCAUUAUAUGGGAUUAACUUCCGAUUAUCCUUGCAUGGAUCAGUCAGCAGCCAUAGGGACAGAACAGUUGGAGAUGAAAGGGGCUCAGGUAGGAGGGUCCAUGUCCCACCAGCACGGCCCUCAACAGUAUCAGCAUCAGCAAGUACAACAACCCACCCCACCAUCUGAUGAUGGAGAAGGCAAAGGAUGGGGCCCUCACUCCUCUUCCAUGAGUGGCCCGAUGGCAGUAUUACUGAAUGAGUCAGCAAUGGCACAGAUGAAUGGAGAACUGCAAGCACUCACUGAAAAGAAGUUCUUGGAGUUGGGGGUCAAACCUCAACAUCCCAGAGCUUGGUUCGUCUCACUAGAUGGGCGAUCCAAUGCUCACGUCCGGCAUUCUUACAUCGAUUUACAGACGGGAGAAAGGAUCGGAAGCAACGAUGCUAGCUUAGAUUCUGGCGUCGACGUGAAUGAGACCAAGCCUGGCAAAAAAGCAAAAGAGGAUCAUGAGCGGCCCCCUCCUGGAGGCAUGGCCUAUGGUAAACUGGCUUACAUGGAUGAUCCAGAACAGAGCAGCAGCGAAAGCAGAACAGCUGUCUGUUCUCCAGAGGAUAACUCUCUCACCCCAUUGCUUGAAGAGACUUCUGAACACAGGGAAACACUUCAUCGGCGGGAUCGCAGCAGAGGUAACAGCAUGAGGAGCAGUACUAGUGAGAUUCACAGGGAUUCAACCACGAGCCCAGAGGAAGAAAUGCAAGACCACUCUGAAGGGGCAGAUGACCAAGGUGAGAAUAAAAAAAGUCCCUGGCAGAAAAGGGAGGAGAGACCUUUGAUGGUUUUCAAUUUGAAGUGAACAGCAGACUUACUUUCCCAAGACCUUGAAUAAAAUCUUCAAGUGUCUGAAAAUGCAUCAGCAACCCAACAGAAAAUUUGAGCACAAACAAAACGAAACGGCAAAGUCUGAAACAACAAUCUCCAGCGGCCUCGAGAAAAUGCAGACCAAGGAAGAGUUGAAAGCAGCAAUCUACUUCUCCCAGAAUUUGUGCUUUUGUUUUUUUGCAAAGCUGAAGAAAUUUUUGAGAGAAAGAGGGAGAACAACCCCAGUGACAAAACUGCAAGUCUUCUGUAAGGGCAGUUGGAACAUGCAUUAAUGUUGUCUUUAAUACUGAGUUUCUGUGAAGAGAAAAUGCCAGUGUGGUUUCAGCCCACACACAAAAAAACUCAGUACCUGUUUUUCCUGAGGAAGAUGAAGACACUAUAUAAAGGUUAGGUCCUUUUGUUACUUUAAUUGGAACAACCCUACCAAAUGAAGCAUUUUCUUGCUUGAGGAGCAGUAAUUUUACAUGUCACAAUGUUUUUGAAUAGGAGCUUUUUAUUUGGAAGGUACUUUGUUUCUUUUUCCUCGUGUAUUGUACUUUCCUUAACUUGACCUGAAACCAAUCCCAGUAGCAGACCAUAUAGACCUGGUCCAGUACUCUCCAAGUGCCUUCUUUAUGUCUAAGUUGUGCAAAAAGGAGGGAAAGCAACACUUGUGCUGAUGUAAGGUGACAGGCGACAAUGAAGAGCCUAAAAUUAGGAAGUUGGAAUUUAUACAUAUUUUAUAAGUGUGACAUUCAAUAUGUGCAGGAACAGUAAAAUGAACCAUAGCCCAGUUACAAUUUACCACUGUGGUUUUUGAUAGAUUGCAGCCAACCUGCCAGGUAAGAGAAAUAAUCACAGGUACAAUUAAUUCAAGUGCUGUUUUAUAUUUAAAUGUAUUAGUUACGUCAAGAUGAAUUGUUCAAUUAAUAUAUGUGAAAGAAAUGACUAGUAGCCUGCUGCCCAUAGAAAUUAUCUGGCCCAUGAAUGAUGGAUUAGUGUGAUUUCUUGUGUAAAUCAUCCAGUAUCCAAAAUGACUCCUUUAGAUUGCUCCGGAAUCAAACAAAGUACCUACUGAGCACAUUAUCCCUGCACUUGUUACAAAGGAUAUAUACUUGACCGUGUAAAGUGUAGGAGGGCCUAACUUAUUUGAACAGAGGUCUGCAUUUUCAAACCUCCUGCCUGAAGAUCCAGAAGUGAUUUUACUCUCAUGAAAACCGUUUGCAAUAGCAAGGGGACGUGAGUGAUUGCAAUGUUCAGUGGGCCUAAAUUGAAGCAGCCCUGAACACUGGCGAUGGGGCCAUUUUAAAUUAAGACCGUUUACCUGUGAGGACUAUGGGUCUGUAUCUGCCAUUUUAUUGAGCUGUCUAGACGAGAUUAAUAACUUAACAAUCAGCAGCAAUUUCCGAAAUCUGAUUGGGAUGAGGCCCCUCCACCAGAGAUUCAUAAAUUUAGCAUGGGCUACUGCCAUUGAGACACCAUCUGCUCCCCCACACCAAUUCAUGACCACAUUCAAGGACUGCAAAGAUACCCAGGCACAGCAAUGCCCCUAUGUGAGAUAAAAGGCUUCUGCAUUCAAUAGACCAUCAAUCAAUGUCAAAUAAAUAUCUUCACAAAAAAUGAAUAAGCUGAAAGAAAAUCAAAAUUAAAUGAAUGUUAAGAUAAUUCUGUUACUAUUAAGUUUGUAGUUCAUUGGACAACACAAACGAUAUACCUUAUUGAUAUAAAGCAUCUAAUUUGGGACAUCCAAUGAGUAUUCACUAAUAAGAACUUACAGAUACAAUAAACAGAGCACAAUUGGAUAGAUGCAACUCCAAAAUCAGUCAAGAAGCUUGACACCAUCCAGGACAAAGUAGCUCGACCAGGACUCCAUCCACCACCUUCAACAUUCACUCCCUUCACUAUACAAACCCAAUACACACGAUUAUGACAAGAUCCACUACAUCGCUCCUUCAGCAGUACCUUCCAAAUAUGUGACCUCUACCAUCUAGAACAACAAAGGUAGCAAACACUAUUAUCUGCAAGUUUCCAUCUCAGCUACACACCACCCUGACUUGCACUGGGUCAAAAUCCAGAAACUCCAUUUCUGACAACACUUUAAAGUCCCCACAUCUCCAAGGACCGCAGCUGCUCAAAGAUGACAAUUAGGGAUGGGUAAUUAAUGUUGAUAGCCUAUAGUGACCAAAUCCCUCAGACAAAUUAAAAACAAGCUGCAGAGAUUGCAUUUGACACAUUUUGUUACCUUUUAUGAAAAAGUGUUGCAGUGCGGUUUAUGAGUACUCAUUGCCUUUUCAACUGAUAGACUUGGGUUCAAACCCCAGUGUGGUCAAGUGGCAUAAAAGGCUUCCAUGGCUACCAAUUGAAAGGAGCCCUGGAAUUCUUUACCUGCAGAUUGUAAUAUACUGCCUCACAGCGCAAGACCCAUCGUUAUUGUAAUCAAAGGUGCUAAGAUGAUUGGAUGGAAAUUGUUUGGUAAGGUUUAAGACUUAAUAUAGGGUUUACUUUAUCUCACUAUGCUAUGCUUGUCUGAGUGUGAAGAUGAUGGUGCAAAAACAAGGAUGUGAUAUUCCAGUUCUCAUCUCUGAUGUUGCUAGGUUCAAAGAGGUAUAGAACUGUCAGUGAUUAACUUCAUUUCAGGUGCCAUGCAAUAUCUAUGAUAUCUAGUUUUAAAAAGUAAUGUUCUCAUCUGUCCAAGACUGUGAUAACACCAAGUUUACUAAUUCAUAUUCAAAGCUUUUAUCUUUAUUUUGAAAUGAACAUUCCUAAAUGCACAUCCUAUUGUUGGUUAAGAGAAGAUAUCCAGCCAUACCAAAUUUUAACUGACAUACUCUGUUCUAAUAGGCUGUUGAAUAUAUGAAUAAUCCAAAGUAAGCAGUACAUGUCCUUGCAUUGACAAAAAUAUAAAAAGCUGAAGACUUGAAUUUAAACAUUGGAUUCAAGCGUUCAGAAAGUAUCCAGUACCCAUAGUGAUUACAUUUCUUGUGCUAUCAAGGAAAUUUAAAUGCAGCUUAAAAAAAAUUGGAUUUGAUGUAGAAUGAAAGCAACCUGCUUCUUAAUUCAUAUUCAACUAAGUGUUGAAUUGGAGUCCAACCUGCAGUACUGAUUCACCUCUUCUGUUAACAUUAAAAACAAUCCGAAAAUGACCUUUCACUGUUUGCAUCACUCCAUAUUGUGAUGUGCUCAGCAACAAACAAUGAAUGAUCAGUAAUAAAUUGACCCUCUUCGAAUUAAAGAUCUAAUCAACAGGAGCAUGGCACGUGGAAUCAGCCAGUUAGUUUUAUAACCUUAGCUCAAACCCAUGUGCCCCCAUGGUGAGUCUCACCACAAGAUCACCUUGUAAUCUAGACUAGACCAAAAGUAUAUGAAGCAAUGUUUUAUUUUAUUCUGUUUAAAAAGGCGUGUUAAAAUUGAGGGGGCAACCUUUCCUGUUAAUGCACAUAUUAAGCUAUGUAAUUUUAGGCUCAAAGUAAGUGCUACUUUAAGGGUUAUUGGGAUUGUUAUUGUGGACCUGUUGCUUUUUUUAAAAAAAAACCUGAUAGACAGUUGUCUUGUGAUCAUUUCAAAUCUCCUUUUGCAAAGUUCAUGUCAUUGAAUUGUCUCCAAUGCUGUGCCACAACAGAGGUAAGAUGAAUGACCUGGACAUAUUGUACGUAUGGCUACAUUUUAAAUUGAUUAGUGCUAGUGACUCUUGUGUCUUUUGUUUGACUGUUGACCACGUUUUUUUUUAAACAAGGUGGUCUUAAACAGAGAUGUGUGCUUGGUAUCCAGUUUGCUCUUUUCAAAGAAAACAUGGUCAAAAUUCUGUGCAAUCUUUUUUGCUUGUUCCUAAAGUUGUU